UAGAGCAAGAUUUCCGUCUUCAAUAUCAAGAUGCUGAUUUUGGAAAUGAGUUCAUAAAUCUGUCAGAGAUCUCUGACAUUGAUGACAAAGCGACUUUAAAGGUGGUCUACGUUGUGGCAGUCUACUUGCAAAAUUCUACAGAAGAUGACUCGAUGCUUCAACCUCUACCAGUCCAAAGCCUUACUGAUUCCUCAUCAGUCUCCUCGGCUGACACAGAUAAUGCAGAGCCUGCUUAAUCAUCAGGGUCAUCGCCAUCUGCACGGCUGUUCAGUUGGCCAAGUGUUUUCACAGUGCCUGCCUUCAACUAUGAGUCUGAACUGCAACUUGAAACGGCCAAUGCUGAAUGCAGUGCGAACGGAACUUAUUUGAGCCCGCCACCGAAGCUGAAAUCUCACAUUCUGGAACGACUGUCUGAAGAAAUUCUUAAAUCCAAAGCCUAUCCAACUGACAAUGAUCUUACUGACGUUGCAGAAGCACUUGUGAAAAAGCAUCCUUGUCUGAGGGAGCGAGGAUCCUUCAAUGGCUGUUAUGGGUGGAAGAUUAGCCUCAAAUACAAAAUGGCCAACUUCCGGUCCAAACUGAGGGGCCUGGGCUGUCCUGAGGUGACGAUAAAUUCACUAAAGAACAAGAACCAAGACAAGCGUUUGGCAGCAUUGAAUGUGAAAAAGCCCAGGAGGGCAGAAGUCAAUUACUGUCCUCAGCAUCCAAAAGGAGAAACCGCUGAGAGUCUGGAGAAGGAACGAGUCGCACUGCUUUCAGAAAUUAAGAAGAACAACAACGACCAUGUUGUGACAUUGACAAUGGAGAAGACUUUCUCAUACAGGAGGCAAGAAAUCCUUACAGGAGAGCCUUUGGUUGCAGACUUCAAGAGCAGAUGGCCAGCUCUGUUCAAUGCGAAAGAGAUCGAUAAGGAGUUCCAUCGCAUAUCAACUGUACCUCUACUUUCUACAUUCUUUGCUGCUCUCGACCGGUUCUCUCCGUGCCUGAUGGGGAUAUUUCGGUGCAAAGGCGGAGCACCUGGAAGAAGAAUAAGACACGUCAUGGUGGAUAUUUCCAAGGACGACACAAUUCAUACAAGACGUGCAUGUGUCCUCAAGUCCUUGUGCAUCUACUUGAACGAAGACCCAGAGAAACUUGUUGAGGAUUAUAUGAACACAGACAGCGAGGUCAGCGCUUCCAUGAACCAGACUGUGUUGGGAGUGUAUGUCAUACAGAAGGAGGGUGUGGAGCCUGGAGAUGACCCAGAGGACAUCGGUAUCCUGAUUGAAGGUGUGAAGAUCCUCAAUGAGUUGGGCAACAUUGGGAUCGCCUGUGCUUUGUUAUUUGGACUCAUAUACUGUCUGAACCUGAGCUACCCACCAGACCUCAAAUGCACUUUUGAAGUGAUGCAGAAGAUUCUUCUGAAUCUGGAUGAGCAGAGGUUGUCGUCCAAGGCACAAUUCCUAAAAAAAAUAAGCUCAUGGAGUAAAUUUGCUCUCAGUAGACGUCAACAAUGUAGAUUAUUAUUUAUUUUUUUUGCUUUAGUUUAA